UAGCAGCACUUGGUGUCAUCCAGGACAUGAUACAGCGAAACAUCGUCUCUGAUAUUUAGAGUCUCAAGAGUUUAAAUCCAACAGGAAAAAGAUCAGAGAGAAAAACUGAUUGAGAAAACACUCAGGAUUACCUUCAUCACCGACUGACAGAACAAGGAGAACAGAGAGCCGAGGAACCAGACGCUGGAACACAGACUGCUGCUGGAGGAAAAACAAAGAAUUCAAAGUAAAACUUCACUCAGAGACAAAAUGGCUUCCAGGUUAGAGGAGGAUCUCUGCUGUUCGGUCUGUCAGGACGUCUUUAAGGAUCCGGUUGUUCUGUCAUGUAGCCACAGCUUCUGUAAGGAGUGUCUGAAGAACUGGUGGAGAGAGAACCCAUCAAGAGAGUGUCCACUUUGUAAGACGAUAUCAUUCACCAGUGAUCCUCCACGUAAUCUGGUUCUGAAGAAUCUGUGUGAGUCUUUCUUACAGCAGAGAGAGCAGAGAGCUUCAGAGGAUCUCUGCUCUCUGCACUCUGAGAAACUCAAACUCUUCUGUCUGGACCAUCAGCAGCCAGUUUGUUUCGUCUGCAGAGAUUCAGAAAAACACACCAAUCACAGAUUCAGACCCAUCGAUGAAGCUGCUCAGCAACACAAGAAGAAACUUCAGGAAACUCUGGAGCCUUUAAAGAAGAAGCUGGAGCUCAGGAAGAAAGUUCAGGAGGAGUUUGAUCAGACAGCAGAACACCUGAAGGUCCAGGCCCGACACACAGAGAGGCAGAUUAUGGAGCAGUUUAAGCAGCUUCAUCAGUUUCUAGCAGAGGAAGAGGAGGCCAGGCUGGCUGCACUGAGGGAGGAAGAGGAGCAGAAGAGAGGGAUGAUGAAGGAGAAGAUGGAGGCUCUGAGCAGAGAGAUAGCAGCUCUUUCAGACACAGUCAGAGCCACAGAGGAGGAGCUGAGAGCUGAAGACGUCUCAUUCCUGCACAACUACAAGGCUGCAGUGGAAAGAGUCCAGCGCUGCCCCCUGCUGGAGGACCCACAGCUGCCCUCAGGAGCUCUGAUAGACCAGGCCAAACAUCUGGGCAACCUGGCCUUCAACAUCUGGAGCAACAUGGAGAACAUGGUGACCUACACUCCUCUGGUUCUGGACCCAAACACGGCUGGUAAAGAACUUUAUCUGUCUGAAGAUCUGACCAGUUUGACUUAUGGAGAGAAACAGCAGCUUCCUGAUAAUCCAGAGAGAUUUGAUUAUUGCUGGUCUGUUCUGAGUUCUGAGGGUUUUAACUCAGGGAAUCACAGCUGGGAUGUUGAUGUUGGAGACAAUGAAGGCUGGAGGCUUGGUGUGAUAGAAGAGUCUGUUCAGAGGAAUGGAGACAUAGAGUCUGGAUUGUUGGUUAUAGAUAUAUACUCAGCAUAUUCUCCAUCAGCUCCUUCCACUCGUCUCUCAGUCCAGAAUCUCCAGAGGAUCAGAGUGAAUCUGGACUGGGACAGAGGAAAGCUGUCCUUCUCUGAUCUGGAUACUAACACACGCAUACACACCUUCACACACACCUUCACUGACAAGAUGUUUCCAUUCUUCGACACUUGUUAUGAACCAGUAAAUAUUCUACCGAUGAAGAUCUCAGUGAUCAAACAGCAGCUCUGAUGAUCUCAGCGUGAAGAACAAAAAGUCUAAAUGAAACAUUAUUGAUUGAUUGGUUUUAAAUAACUACCAUCACAACAUGGACCCAGCCAUCGACACAGCAUUGCUUUAUUGGUAAACAAAAUAAAAAAACAAAAAUAAUUGAUAAGCAGAAUUUGCAAAAACUGAUUUAUAAUUCCCUAGAAGUUUUCAACUUCACCAUCUGGACAGAAAUCCAAAAUAUAAUGUAUUUGCUUUGGUUGCUCUAUUAUUGCUUUAUGCAAAUGAGCCGCUUCCUAUCCAAACCUGGAGUCUUUCUGUAUUAUUUUUCAUUUUGGAAGAAUUUCAUGUAAACAAAUAUAUCAGCUGGUUUAUGGGAACAAAUGUUUGUUGUUCAUGAAUGUCUCUUGUUAACCUGAAACAGCAAAAAUAAAACCAAUAAAAACAGAUAAAAUGA